AUGAAUCCUCAUAGUACUCAAAUCCUAACCAAGAAAAUAGAACCUGAUAAUAAGUCAGAACCUCAUAUUUCAAUUGAUGAACAAAUUUCUAGAAUUUUUAAUAAUCCAAAAGUAUACGCAAUUUCUUUCGAUGUUGCAGCAAACUCUAAACCGACCGUUCUCGAGAAUAUUUAUUGUACUAAUGGCUUUGCUACUGCCAUUCUCCAUGCUUAUAAUUAUCACAAACAUUUACGUUUAAGCCCUGAUGAUAUUUGGCUUACUAUUGCUCAAGGUGUUAGUAGUCAUAUUAAUUAUAACGCUGAAAAAUUUCGUCAUAAAUUUGUUAAACAUGAAGGGAAAAAAAAUAUUUGUAUUUUUGUUGGUGAUAUCAUAUCUGGAAAUACUCUUGAAGGUGAUUGGCAAGAAGCUGUUGAUAGACUUGUUAUGAAAGUUGAUGAGAAUGUAGAAAAAAUUGAACUCAAAGAAUUAUUAGAAUGUGAUUUUUCAACAACAACUUCGACCAGUUUAACAGCAAGUCGUAUUGUAUUAUUAGAUAUGGUUAAAGCAUAUUUUAGUUAUGAAUUUAGCACACUUUGUGGAAUUCCAAAAGUUACACUUGAGGGAACGCUUGAAGAUUGGAAUAAACUUCAAGAAAAAGUUAUUCGAUUAAGAAAGUUAGAUUUAGAGCUUGAUUUUUGGUUAGAUCGCCUUGAACCUGUGAUUUGGAAUUUAGUAGCAACUUAUCGUGGAGAAAUUGAUGAAGAUUUUUGGGGCAGAAUUAUGCGUAUAGACGAAGUAUUUGGUUCAGGAGGAGGUACCUAUAUCUCAGGGUGGAUGUUAGCUUUUUUUCCUUAUAGUCGUUUAGGAAAACCUUUUUCCAAUGAACGGACAAGAAUUUCUAAUAUUCCAGAUGGCAUGAUUGAAGUUCCUUUUAUUAUUGAUGGCAAUAUAUCUUUGAAGUUUAUAGCUGGGUUCGUCGGUGCUAAUCAAGAGAUUCUUGAAAAUUCUAAUAAUGAAUCAAUUGUUUCUCCCAUUAUUGGAUGGUUUAUUACUGAUGACGUGAAAGAUUCUUCCGAUAGUUAA